ACCUUUGGAAAACGGGUGCAUUCGGAAGAACCGUACAUUCCGCUAAUAAAACACAACAAUAAGGGUCGGAAGCUGAAGGUGGAAGGUGCAGCCAUGAGCAGGUUGGGUUUGUUCGUCCGGGCGAGAGAGGAGGAGAAGAGCUGGAUGGAUGGAGGGAUGGAGAAGGUGGAGAUGAAGCCGUCUGCAGCUCGGAGUGGAGAGGAAGUGAGAGAGUUCUACCAGAGUCUGUUCCAGCAGGAGGAUGGAGGUGGGGACGGUGAGAGGAAGGAAGGGAACAAGGAGAGGAGAGAGAGGAGGCGAGCCAGACGAGGACAGGUUCGAGGAGGAGGAGGCGCUGGUGCUGCUGGUGCUUCUGGUUCUCCAGGGAGUGCGGCGCCCCCUGCAGGUCCUACAGAGGGCUACAGGCUGCUGCGCUGUGCCGAACAGGGCGACGUAUCGGGGGUGGAGACGCUCCUGCAGCGUGGGUGUGAUAUUAACUUUCGGGAUGAGUUUAAAUGGACGCCGCUGAUGAGCGCCUGUUACUCCGGGAGAACCCGAACCGCACGAGUCCUGCUGCACAGGGGCGCGAGCUGGAGGGGGGUCACCGAUCAACAGGGGAGGGACGCUCGGGAUCUGGCUCGGCUUGCUGGUCAUCAGGAAAUUGUAGCGCAGCUGGAGCAUUGUGACAUCAAACACCCGUCACGCCCCUCACACACACCUGCCGACACACCGCACCACAGCCCCGCCGCGCCCUCCCAGUGGUGUGAGGUGUGUAAGGUAAGUUACAGCGGCGCCACGCCCACCCACCACUCCUCCACCCUGCACCAGUUCUGUCUGAAGCGCCCGCCCUCCACCCCUCACUACUGCCUGGCGCCGUCCAGCGCCUCCUACCGGAUGAUGCUGCGCCUCGGGUGGGACCCCCGCUCCGGCCUGGGGCCCGGACACGCAGGCAGACUCGACCCCGUCGGGACCGUCCUCAGGUCGGACAAGUCCGGCCUCGGGUUCGGGGACAGGCCCAGGUCGAAGGUGACGCACUUCGGGGCCAAAGACGUGCAGGCGGUCAAGAGGGCGCCCAAGAGACGGGGGGACAGGACGGAGAGAGAGGCGACCGUCAGCACCAAGCAGAGGAGGAGGAAGGAGGAGCAGGAGAAGCAGUGGGAGAGGGACUAUCGCUCCUCGUUCAACUUCGACUUCUAAGCUUUGAUCUUUGGGACUGUUGGCAUUGAUGCAUCAGAUCUCCAUCCUGGUUACUGUAAGGGCGUGUCUGGUGCCACCUGAAAACUCUGGAUGUGAGCUAGAAGUAUGACCCGGGCGGUGUCCUACAUCAUGUUUAGAGUUGAGGAAGAACCCUGAGAGUCUAUAAGGGAUUCCGACCUCCAGGUCCUCCAAGUGCCAUUAAUGAUGGUUUUACUUUGACCCGGAUGUUUCUGGAAGGUUCUGGUGAUGGUUCCGUCUGCUACCCUGGUGUCACCAGCCACAUGACUGGAGAUUCAGUGUUGAAUCAGAGUGAUUCUUGAAGGUUUAGAAGUGUGAUGUCAUAAUCUGUCUUAAAACAGCGUAACCUUGUACGUGCUGCUGUCACACUGACGUGUAUUUGCACAAUAAAAUCAGUUUAAAAGUUAAAA